AUGUCGGGUCAACCACAGGAGCAUGAUGCAUUACCUGGAGGUCAUCAAAUGCUUGAUCGUGACCACGAGCAGGAAAUACGACAUCGACAGCAUCAGGAUGCCGUUUACACCAGCACUUCAGACGUCUCUACGAAAGUUCUGCCUCAGAAUUAUGCUGCCUUGUCAAGUGAAAUGAUUGAAGUAAUUCCUGCUGAUGAUCUGAUGGCAGAGGCUGUUGAAGAAGUAGGCGAACUUGCUACUGGACGUCAAUACCUGUACGAAUACGAUAGUAUGGUUCACACACAACAUGACCAGAAUAUAAUCUAUCAGUUGUAUCAACCUUUGGAAACGGGUCAUGGUACGUUUAUCUGUCGGAUAUGCCUCGAGCUAGGGGAAACAGUUGAAUUUGUUAACAAAGCAUCAUAUACACAUCAUCGCUACAAAGUCCAUGGCUCUUACAAUCGCUUCCGCCAUCUUGUUGAAUCAAUCUGCAACUGUAGGUUCAUGCUACAUACAAAACAGCCGCAUAACAAGAGGCAAAUUAUGCACUGCUCUAGAAGUGAGCAUAAACUUAUACUUCAAUCGAGAAGGCACAGAUUGCCUUCAGUUCGAAUGAUGAAAGAAGGAGCUUGGUGCCCAGCUCAGAUUUCCUUUAAGAUUGACCCUAAAACGAGCAAAGUGGAUGCGUUUUAUCAGCUGUUCCACUACGGUCACGCAAAGGAAUACCGCGAUCUUCAAGAUAUUAUGGACAAUGCCGAUGUUUCGACGCCUUCUGGACUCGAUAUCGUAUUCCCGGAGAUGCCAUGUUGUCCAGCCGAUAGACCAAUGCAAUAUCUUCAGAUAGAUUUGAUAUCUGCCGACAGCUGUGUUUAUGUCAACAUGGUUUAUUCACACAUACUCAUAAUGACUGAUGUAAAAACUGGAUAUAUGUUUUGUAAGCCUAUACCUGAAGCUGGAACACGUCAAUUACUCAUUAGAAUCUUAACGGACAUCUUCCUUCAGUUUGGUGUGCCAGAAGGAUUCAGUUGUGGCCACUCUGUUACUGUGAUCCGAGAUGUUAUGAAUGCUAUUGCUGGCAUUUUUCGGGUCACGCUAAAAGAAAUAUUAUACGACAGGUCUACAUCGCCUUCCUUGACCCCCGACUACGAUAGCUUCUUGCGAGCUCUUUAUGAGCAAGCUAUGUUCGAGCUCCAAAGUAAGCAUAGGUGGGUGGAAAUGGUCCAGUUCACCACAAUGGUAUUGAAUCAAUCCGGAAAGAAGUCCGCUUUUGAGCGUAUGUUUAAUCGAAAACCAUACAACCUCCCCGAUCACAAGAUAGCACCAUGGCUAGUGGGUGAGGAGUUGUCCUUAGGAGAUGACGAUGGUCAUAUCGAUGUGGAAUAUGUUGAGCAAAUUGAAGAAAGUGCUGAAAGUGUCAGCGAGGAUCAAUAUCGUGCCGAUACACCUCGAUUCCAGAUUGGAGACAAAGUUUAUUUGCGCAAUUUUGAUACAGUGCCAAGUCGAGGGAAUACAUUACCAUAUCUAUACGGUUACAUCGGAGGUGUGGAUUGGGAAAAUAGCCCACAUUUUCCAUAUCGCGUACAUUUCUCAAAGUGUAAGGAUCCAUGGCCAAACGAAAAUUCCGUCAGUGCAUGGGUCAAUCCAUACGAUUUGUUGCCCGUAACACUUGGGCUACAUGUCUUACCUGAUGAUGAACGGGUGCAGGCCACAACGUCUCUACUGUGUUCAUGUGGUGGAGGACAGUUCGGCACUCCUUGUCCUUUGUUUCGAAGUUAUCUCUGCGCUAAUAGCAUGGCUAAGGCGUGCUGCCUGAACAGUGGAAAGAUGUGUGAAUAUCACGAGGAAUGUGCUGAUGGAGAUGAUACUUACUCAGUAACGUUGUUUUGUGGUGCAAGUUUUCAGUCAAUACUUUCACCACGUUUCUAUUCUAAAUUCCAGCGUAUGGAAUCGUUAUCAAAAGUAUUUGCUGAGAACCAGCCAAGGAGCAAGUUACGGCGCAGAAUACCUCAUCUUAUUCCUGCCAAUACGCCUUUACCAGGAGAACAGGACAACAUUGUUGAAAUGCCUAUUUUAACUAACGAGAGUGCCAUCACUAGGCUUAAAAGGAAGAAAGCCGAACAAGAUUUUGGCACGCUCCCAGAAGUGUCUACGAUUGUUGUAGAGAGUGAAGAUAGAACACUAGUCCCUGCCUUAUCCAAAAAGACCGCUUGCGAUGAUGCGGGUAAACGGCAUCAGUUGUUUGAAACCUCUUCACUGCAGAUGCACGAAGAGAAUACGAAGAAUAUGAGAGGAGAACAUGAUCUUCAUGGCUCUACGUUCAGUGACAGUUCACGAUUAGCCAAAAGACCCAGAAGAGCUACAGGAAGCGAGGAGAAGGUGACAAAAAGCGAAAAGACAACUUAUUCUGAGCUCAAACCACUCAGUACGGAAUCCCAGGAAGAAGAUGUGAUUUUAUUUGCUUUUUGUGUAGCCACCAUCUUUCAAGCAAAAUUUCUCUUUAAAGUCCUUUAA